AUGACAGCUGAAGAAGAAACGACAGCUGAAGAAGAAGCGCGGGCCGAGGAAGAGACAGCAGCUGUGGAUGAAACAACGCUUGAAGAAGAAACGACAGCUGAGGAAGAAACAGCAGCGGAGGAAGAAAUGACAGCUGAGGAAGAAACUACAGCUGAGGAAGAAACAGCAGCUGAGGAAGAAACAGCAGCGGAGGAAGAAACAGCAGCCGAGGACGAAGAUGAAACGACGACAGCCGACGACGACGACGACGAGGAGGAGGAGGAGGAGGAGGAGGAAGAUGCAGCAGCAGUGCUGGCCGAGGAAGUGACAACAGCCGAUGACGAGGCGAUGGUUGAUGAAGUCGAAGAGCUUGUAGAGAGCGUUAUGGUCGAGGUGUAG